CGGUUUCCGGCGACGAGCAGCGGAACAUGUUAUAGAUGUUUCACAGACGGUUCACAGACGCGCUGACUGGGAGGAAGGAGAAGGAGAAGAAGAAGUAGAAGAAGUAGAAGAAGUAGAAGAAGAAGAAGAAGAAGAAGAAGAAGAAGAAGAAGAAGUUCAACCUCCCGCACACCAGGGGGCAGCAUGGGGCCCGGAGGAAGCACAGACCGUGAGCGGCUUCCGGCGACGAGCAGCGGAACAUGUUAUAGAUGGUUCACAGACGGUUCACAGACGCGCUGACUGGGAGGAAGGAGAAGCAGAUGGCUGGCAAGCAGAUGGCUGGCGGCCAUGCACAAGAUGAUCUGUUUGACAGCAUUCUCCUGGCGGAUGAGCGGUUCCGAGGGGAGGGCUACCACGAGGGGUUUGAGAGAGGGAAAUGCCGAGGACUGCGGGAGGGCCAGAGACACGGGGCCUCUCACGGGGCCAAGUUGUCCACCGAGAUUUCCUUCUAUCACGGUUUCGCCAUCACAUGGAAAUGUCUCCUUCAAACUAACACAGACAUCAAAUCCAGAAAACGUCUGAAGGCUCUGGAGGCUCUCCUGGGUUUGAUCCAGAACUCUCCUCAUGAGGAUCCUCAGUCUCCAACGCUACAGGGGGACAUGGAGAAGCUUCGGGCCAAGUUCAGACAGGUCUGCUCCAUGUUGAAUAUCCCGACUGACUUCAAGGAUUACAUCAAAACCUCUGAGGGGACUUCUUUCUGAACCGGUCCUGGUGGUGAGGAGGAGCAGCAGCAGCUGAGACGACGGAGGAGGCAGCCCGAGCUGUCAGUCAGCGGGGGGCCGGUCUGUGGUGGAUGUUUGUGUGACUGCAUCAGUUUAGACAGACACCAAUGAGAGUAGGGGUGGGAAUCUUCGAUUCAGAAUGCUACGAUUCGUUAAUAUGAAACAAUUAUCCACAAAAUCAUGUUGUUGUUUUUUUAUUGAUCAAUAAUGAAUAUAAACAGAUACGUUUCAUUCCAUCAUAUUUUAUUAAUAGUAAUCAAUGGAAUAGAGAUGUCCACUGGAAGGAUAUAUUUGCCAAUACCUUUCCCAGCAAAAAAAACUUUCAAAGCUGUUCUCUCUACUCCACAAAUUAAUAAAGACUUCUCUUCCUGUUA